AUGCCAGACUUUAAACCUUUCUUGCUUGCCGCUUUGGAAAAUCACGAUGAUGCACAGAUUGGAAUUGCUGCUGUAGGUGUUGUUUCUGACCUGUGCAGAGCUUUUGAAACAAAUAUUAGUGGAUAUAUGGAUGAAAUUAUGGAAAGAAUGUUGGGGAUUUUACAGGACGCCAACGCAAAGAAAAAUGUAAAAACACAAGUUCUCAACACAUUUGGUGAUGUUGCAUUAGCUUUGAAUGCACAAUAUUCGCGAUAUUUGGAUUUAAAUAUGAAGUGGCUUACAGAAGCAAUAUCUGCUGCACAAAUUACAAAUGCUGAUGACUUUGACCAAAUCGACUAUGUUGAAUCUUUGAGAGAAUCUUGUUGUUAUGCAUUUUCUGGUAUUGUACAAGCAUUAAAUGGGUCACCAGAAAGUUUACAAUUAAUUCAACGAAAUAUUCAACCAAUGCUUCAAUUAAUUGUUCAAAUUUCAAAUUCACAACCAACAACAUCAGAAAAUUUAUAUUCGAGUGCUUGUGCAUUAGCUGGUGAUCUGCUUCAUUCUUUUGGGGUUGAAUUUUUGCCUGUUGUUGAUACUGCUGAAUUUGGAAUUAAUACUUUGGUUGCUAAAUGUCGACGUUCUAGAACGAAUAAAGCUAAAUCUAUUGCUACCUGGGUCACUAGAGAAAUUGCACGGGUCAAACGACAAGCGGGUAAUGCUGCCGCAGCUGCAGGUCAAUCAUAGUUGAUGAACUUUUUAUUUUCUUCUAAAAAAUGUUUUGAUGGUUUGUUUAAAAAUUUUUUUUGAUGAGUGAGGGGAUGCAAGGAAAAAAAUUUUUUUUUGUGUUUUUUUGAGGACUAUGGCCAUUAUAUAAAUUUAUUUUUUUUUUAAUUUUAUUUAUUUUAAAUUCCAAAAAAAAUGAAGGAUUUUAUAUCCUUUUUUUCUCUCUAUUUUUUUAAAUCUCUCCUUCCUCUGAAAAACUCCAAAAAAAAAUAUUUUAACUAGAAAAAAUAUUAAAAAACUUAUAAUAUCUAUUUUUGUCUAUUACAAGCAAUUUUAUUUUUCAAAUUUUUUUGUUGGAUUGUUUUAUAUAUUUUUAGGCAACAAUCAUUUGUUUUUUUUUUGUUUUUCUCUUAAAAAUAUAUGGUUCGUAUUAAACGGGAAAAAUUUUUGUUAAUAAUGUUUCUUGGGCGGAAAGUUUUUUUUCGGAUUUUGGCUUAUCUUUGGCCUUUGGGUUUUUUAGAAAAAAAUUUUU